CUCCUCAAGUGGUUCAACGGCUCAGUCGAAUUCGAGACACUUUAGCCAACAUGCGAUACUUUGCCAUUUGCGCACUCCUCAUCCUGCCGCUCGUCAGCGGAGGACUCGUACCCCAACGCCCCGCCAGGCACUUUGCCGUGUACGAGAUCCAGCCCAUCCACAACAUGCCCCACAUGGAAGACAUUGCCCAGAGAAUGCAGGCCGUGUUCCAGAAAAUGAUCCCGGACAUUUCGGCCGCAAUCGAUGCCCUGGAAAUUCCGGACAUGUCCGUCCAUGCUGAUGCCGGAGUACUGCCCGACAUGUCCGUUGCCACUGAUGCCGAUGAUACCCCCAGGAGGCGUUCUGCUCAGUUCAAGGUUGCCCCUCUGACUAGGGUGGCCGCUCCCUGGGUGUCCGUACUCCCCGAUAUGAUGGUCCAGGCCGACGCCGAUGCGAUCCCUGAUAUCUCCGUUGCCAGCGAUGCCGAUGUGACCCCCAAGCGUGCCAGUUUCGCCCUGAAGAAGCCCCUCCUGUCGAAGGUAUCCGGAUCGAUUCCCACUGUCGAUGCUGAUCUGAUUCCUGACAUCUCCGUGGCCUCUGACGCCGAUGAGACCCCCAAGAAGGUUGUUGCCCCCGGUCUUAGGACGCUGCCCCAGCUUUUCGAGGUCCGCGGAUCUGUUCGUGUGCCUCCUAUACUCAUCUCCGAGGUCAAUGAGUCCCUCAAGAAGGUUGUUGGCUCCGGUCUGAAGACCCUGCCCCAGCUUGCCAAGGUCUCCGGAUCUGUUCCUGUGGAUGCCGAUCUCAUCCCUGAUAUCUCCGUGGCCUCUGACGCCGAUGACACCCCCAAGAAGGUUGUUGGCUCCGGUCUGAAGACCCUGCCCCAGCUUUCCAAGGUCUCCGGAUCUGUUCCUGUGGAUGCCGAUCUCAUCCCUGACAUCUCCGUGGCCUCUGACGCCGAUGACACCCCCAAGAAGGUUGUUGCCCCCGGUCUGAAGACCCUGCCCCAGAUUGCCAAGGUCUCCGGAGCCGAGCCAAUGAAGCUCAGUCCCAAGAGCUUGCCCGAUAUGUCCGUGGCCAGCGAUGCUGAUUUCGAUCCCAAGAAAACCCUGGGCGCUCUCUUGGCCAAGCUGCACUAACUGAAUUUGGAUUCUAUCAGCAGUCCCAUGGCUGAUUAAAUCAAUAAUCAUUCAUAUCUAACCGGUUGUGUGUUUUUAUAUUCUUAAGUUUUUAUAUGAUUGCCAUUAAUCAACUUUCGAGGAGAACGCUGGUCAGCUGUUAUUGUUUUAGUUUUGUUAUCAAAGAUGGGCUUGAAGUGGUCUGAUUGGCUUGAUUUAAUAAGAGUUUCCUAUCAGUCGGGUUAGUUGUCACUGCUGGAAAAGCCUAACUCGUCAGCUUCUUUUUUAACACGUCAGUAAUAUAUCGUUUAAUAUUGCCCUCAGUUUCUUCGAGCAUCUUAGCCUCAUCUUUUCUUAUUUAUCUUGGACAACUAUAAGUAAUUUAUAUAACUGUCUCAACUUGACCUCUGGCCUCUUUGUAACAGACAGCUUUCCGAAGAAAAGAUACAAAAACCAGCAGACAUAAUCCAAGUUCGGCCUUUGCAUGUUGGCCAGAAAGAAACUGAUUAGUUUUGGCCCUCGACUAACAAAUAAAAUUAGUUUUUUUCGUCGGGAGUGAUGGGGAAGAGUGGGAGUCGGGGGCAUUGUAUUGUAUCGCCUGCUAUUUAUAAAAAGGAAUUAACGGCAAAAACCGGACCCAUGCACACACGAACUCACAAAAGUGGCCCGAAUGUGAUCCCAGUGUGGCACAUGGCCAUAAACAACCAAGGGGUAAGGAGGAUGUUUGCACUGGUGCUGACAAUUGAGAGACUGUAUUUAAUGUAAUAAAUAUUU